ACUAAACCAUACACGAAAUGCAUUGUGGCCCGGAUGUAAGAUGGCGGCUGCUGUUUUCUAUGUGAAAUCUAUGUAGAUGACCGUGAAUGAAGAAAGCGUCAUAAUUUAGCAACCUGUGCUGCCAGCUGCACUUACCUGACGCCAGUUUUAAUGGUAAUGCAUGCAAGGAAACUUCCAAGACUCAAUGAUGGGUAUGGUGAUAAAAAGGAAACCCAUCUGUAUCAGGGCAUGCAGUACCCAUAUACAAUCACCAGUCGCUGUGAAAAGCUGCGAAGCUCCCCCGAUGACGACAGGACAAGAGAUGACAGCCCCAGAAGUCGUCAUAGUCCCCGAUAUCAGAACAAGACCACUUAUAUUGAAAGAACUAAGGAAAAACUGGAAAGAGGCUCCACUGACUCACCUACAUCAGAUAGGAGACUCAACCAUUAUUCAUAUACCAGUAACAAUAAAAAUAGCAGUAAUCACCAAAAUCAUGAUAAAAAUCAUAAAAAUGAUAAGGAUAUUAAAGAACAGAAAGAAAAAGACCAUAAAGCAGAGGUACAAAAGUCCGCAGUGCGGGUGUUUGGUGAUUGGUCAGAACACAUUAGCUCUUCGGGUAAAAAGUACUAUUAUAAUUGUAAGACAGAAGUAUCACAGUGGGAAAAACCUAAAGAAUGGCAUGAUAUGCCGAACAAGGGAACAGAUAACAAGUUACAAGAAAAUAAAGCUCCAAGCAAGCACAAUGCCAAUUUACAUAGUAAAUCAUUUCCAGCCUCAGAUGACAGAAUCAAACAUUCCAGUGUUGGAGAAAAAUUUGAUAAACACCAUAAGGUCAGUUUACACCAAUCAUCAAAAACAUCAGACAGAUCAUUAUCUGAGAAAAUUAAAACUGGACCGCCUAAAGAUUUGCAAGAUGUUGUUGCACAGAGGACUAGCCAGUGGGUUCAAAAAGGCGGACAGUUGCAAGAGACAUCAAUCAAGGAUAAUUUUCGCAAGGAUAAUACUCAUGUUCAUAAUUUCGAUAAUACAGGAGUUAAGAGACAACGACGGGACAGUGAAGGUAGUAGAUCUCUUGGACCUAGCACACCAAGGAAACUGGAAGAACUUAACAGAGAAACCUCAAUAACAAAAGUAAAAGCAUUACAAACUUUACAGAAAUUACAAGAGGCCAUAUCUAGGCAGCUGUCCAUGAGUACACAGCAUACCACAGUUUUAUCUCCCAAAAUAGUAAUUCCUCAUGCUGAUACCUCACCUCAACAGUCUCUGAAAUCACCAACACUGAGUACAGAUAGCUCACAUCUCCCUCCAGUGAAUGUGAAUCCACCACCACAUGAAGAAGAAUCGGGGAAGGAAAGUCCACGGUCAGAAAGAAGUGAGAAAACUGAAAGUCCUACUCCAAGUACCAGCAGUUCAAAAGAGCUACCUGUAGGACCAAGUGCACUCUCAGCUGUUUCUGAAAAGAAAGACUUGUCAGUAGAACUCCCACCUUCACUUAGCAAUUACUGUAAUGACAAAUUAAUUGGUCAUGUACAAGGCUGGCAGACAGAACAUGCAGAGAGACAGGCCAAACGCUAUUGGGAAGAAGGUCUAACGGUUGGCAGCCUGGAAUGUAGCCAAGUGUCAGUUGAAUUAAAACGAGCUAGAUCAUUAGUUAGGAUAGCUGAAAUACAGUCCACUCUACAUGAACAAAGGAUUUUGUUUUUAGCACAACAGAUAAAAGAAUUAGAGAACUUAAAAAGUCAGCCUCCCUCCUAUUUGUCCUCAGAUUAGCCAAGUGGGAACAGGCUUUUGGUUGUACUUGUCUUUCAUUGUGUGCCUGUAUUUCAUGAGCAUUCAAUUUCUCAUCAAAUCAAAAACUACACGAGUUUGACUUUGUCUUCUGAAAUCUGUCAGUUAUUGGAAGUGAGACUCUUGCAAGAUGCAUUCUGGCUGUAAGCUUACUUUGUACACUUCAUCAUCAUCAUCACCAUCAUCAUCGUCAUCAUCUUCAUUAUUAUCAUCAUUGUAACCAGUGGCCCUUAAGCCACUGUUAGUGAAACUGGAAUCAUUUUCCUACCUUCCAAAUGUCCAUUUAUCUUGAAUAAUUUCUAUUUCUCAACCAACCUCCUCCCUACCACCACCACCACCACCACCACCUCCUAUUUUUACCCAACUAUUCCUCCCAUUUCCCUCUCAGUAGUAGCUAAAUCUUUCUCUCUCCCCCACAAACCAAUUUACUUGCUUUUAAAAUAUUUCUGUAACCUUCUUAUAGAAGUGUUGCAGUAAGGUAAACGUAAAGAAAAAAAAAAACAAACUAGCUUGUAUGUUUCUUUGCAUUUAAAACCAUAUAUACAUACAUGUAUGUAUGUAUAUAUAUAUAUAUAUAUGUUUGUGUGUGUAUAUGUAUGUAUAUAUAUAUAUAUAUAUAUAUAUAUAUAUAUAUAUAUAUAUACAUAGAGUAAGCAAUACCAUUAUUACAGUUUUAUGUGCAUGAUGAUAAUGAGUGUAUGUGCAUGUAUUACUAUAAUGUGAAGGCUUAAAAUGUCAGCUGGCAGGAUAACAAUGUAGUAAGUCAACUGUUGGGAAAUAAUAGAGAAGGUGAAAGAAGUUCUUGUCUGUGUUUAUUUCUAAUUGCCCUUCUUUUCCUUUAGGCUGACACCUAUCUGCUAUAAAUUAUUUUAUUACAUAAUAAUGAAUGGAGACUGCACCACUGUCUUUGGUGGUCUCAAGUACAGGACUCAGAUAGACAGAUGACAGAAACUGCUGUUAAUGUGUUCUGUUAGGUUUCUGGAGGUUCUUGCUUACAACCAUAUUGUUUUAAUUUGGUAGAUGAUCUUUAUUUAAGUACUUUAUAGAAAUUCAUUUGAGAAUUUUAUUUAUUUUAAGAAUUUUAUUUUAGGAUUAUUUUUUUUUAGGUAAACUGUGUGUAAUUCCAUAUUCAUUUCCUAUCUUUUAUUGCUGAAGAUUACUCAGAAUAUCUUUCAUUGAAAUACUUGUUCUUGUAAUUCUUGCGUUUUUCUCCUUUUGAUCUGUUUUUGUUAAAGUUUGUCUUUUUUAUGCUAGUAUCACUUGUAUAUCAUUUGAAUUGUAUACAUAUAUAUACUAGUAAUCUUUAGAGAACUUUUGACUAAAUAAUUUUUUAAGUUGUAGUUAGUGGUAAUGCCUCUUAUUCUAGAAUUAAAGGUUAAAGCUACUUCUGUUUGGCAAGAUUGGUUCAUUUGUUAAUUUUGGUUUGAUUAAUUUACUAAGAAAGAUACUUAUGUUGCUCUUGUCCUUGAAAGAUGUCAGAUUGUGAAGCUUGAGAAACUUCUGUUCAGCUGCUACAAUCUAUUAUUAUUAUUAUCGCCAAGGGCGGUGAGCUGGCAGAAUUGUUAGCGUGCUGGGUGAAAUGCUUCGUGGUAUUUCGUCUGUCGCUACGUUCUGAGAUCAACUUUGCCUUUCAUCCUUUCGGGGUUGAUAAAUUAAGUACCAGUGAAAUACUGGGGGUUGAUGUAUUCAACUAUUCCCCUCCUCCCAAAUUUCAGGCCUUGUGCCAAUAGUAGAAAGGAUUAUUAUCACCACCACCACCACCCUCUUCCAUCACCAUCUUCAUCUAAGUACUUUAUAGAAUUUGGCAUCAGAUUUCUUUAAACUACAUCAAAAUGUUCUAUUUUGUUGAUGCAAUACACAGUGAGUUAGAGUAAAUGGUUUCUUUUAACGCUAUAAUUAAACUUGUUUUUCAUGGUGUUGCUUGUGGCCAAAUUCUCAGUUACGUAUUUAUAUAUUUCUUUAAAAAGUAUGUUACAUUAAACAAACACUAAAUUAUUAAUGAGUAAAGCUUUGUGUUUUCUGUUAUCAGUCAGUUAAGAUUUGAGAUAUUUAUGUUGACUCUUCACAAUUUUACUUAAAUCUACAUCAAAAGCUGCCAUUUCAGUAAAACUAUUUUGUUGACAUUCUUUUAUGUUUAGUUGAUAAUGCAUGGCAUAAGUGGCCUUCUUACCAAGUCUUCAAAAAUGAAUUAAAAAAAAUAAUAAAUGGCCAGGAAAAUUCCAGUUGCUAAUUAAUAUACAGGUUGUGGUCAACAAAUUAGUUAUUUUAUGAAUGGAUUUUAAUAAAGAACACACAUAUAUACUUAAAAUUCUGAAAUCUUUCAAAAAUUAUUUUUAUUUAGUUUACAACUAUUUUAAGAAUUUAGUAGGUAUCCUUUGUAACUUUUCCUAUCGAAUUUGUUUGAGGUUGUAAGAUGUGGUGAUCUAUUUUAAGUAUCUUAAAGAGAAAUUGAUUUAUUUUGAGUAUGCUUUUUCUCUUGAUUACCUUAAACCUCUUCGAAACUAAAGCCUAAAUUUAGCAGAUUUAAUCAAAGCUAAAUAAGGCUGUAUUGAUUACAUUUUCAAAAUUAAAAAAAAAUUAGGAAAGAGUAUGCAACAAUGUAGGUUAAUCUCUCUCUCUUUCUCUAAUAUAUAUAUAUAUAUAUAUAUAUAUAUAUAUAUAUAUAUAUAUAUAUAUAUAUAUAUAUAUAUAUAUAUAUUCUUCAAGAGUCAUUUUGUUUAAAUUACUAAAGACGUUCCUCUGUUCAUGGUUAUUUGGUCCUGUUCAGGGUUAGUUUCAGUUUUCUAAUUCAGUUCUGCCAUCCUCUUCCAUUCUCCAUUGCAAACUAUUGUAUGCUCCAAACCCCUCUAGACUAUCUUCUUCUCUCUAUGACCUCUAUGAAACUUCAAGAAAUGAAGUACAGGAAUUGUGUUAUUCUGUUCAUGGUUAUUUGGUCCUGUUCAGAGAUAGUUUAAGUUUUCUAAUGCAAUUCUGCCUUUCUCUUUCAUUUUCUAUUCAAAAACUAUUGUAUGCUCAAAUCUCUCUUAACUCUCUUCUCGUUUCUUUCUAUGACAUCAAUAAAACUUUAAAAUGAAGCACAAGAAUUGUGUUGUUGUUCUAGAUUUUUCUUUUGUUAUCAUUUCUUCUUCCAAGUGGAAUAUGAGUUCAAAUAUAUAAAUUGACAUGUAUUUCCCCCCAAAAAACGCCAUCAUAAAAUCUUACUCAAUGAUUUGGUUGUUAAUCUAAAAUUUGAUUCUGUACCAUUUCAAUGUUAAUGGUUUAAAAUGUUAUGCACCAGCUUGCUAUUUCCCAAUAUAUAAAUAUUGACUAAUAUUACUACUGAAAGUGAAUAAUCAGAAGUUAAUUCUUUUGUCUCAGUGUUUUUGCUAUGGAAGCAGCUGUUCAUGUUGAAAUGUUGUGAUUACUUCCCUUGCUAAUUCAGUUGAGCUAUUUUUAAGUUAUUUUAAAUGGGAAAUAUACUGAUUUUCUUUUUUCAGAAUUAUGUAUGUCAAAUUAAACUGUAAAUUGUACUAUUGUAAUUUACUUUUCAAAUCUAUCAGCAGUUUUGUUCUAAAGCCCUACUACAAACAGCAUGAAUUGUUGCUGUCUUGUGUUGAUUGUAUCAAAGGCAGUAAAAUCUAUGUCCAACCCCACUAAUUACAACAGAUUGUGAAUGCCCUACUCCUAAAUACUUAAAAUGAGUUAUAUUAACUCCACUGGGUUUUCAUUCAAGAACAAAUGUCACAUACAGCAACCCCUUCAUAUCAACUGCCAUCAGUACAUCUGUGGUUUUAUGGAUGAUGUUUAGGUACAGACCCUAAUGGUUGAUAAAAGGAGUUAAUUAUUGUAACUCAUUUUAUCCAGAUUAAGCUGAUCACCCAGUAUUUCAUGUAUACAUUUAUUUUUGCUUUUGACUUUCAAAUCAUGCAAUAAUGAUUUUAGGCUGCAGGUUACCAAUUUAACUUCUACACAAAACUUCAGUGUCAUUAAGAUCAAAAUCAUUAAUUCUCUUUAGCACCCAAGAUGGAAGAAGGUUUUAGUUGCUGUUUACUUUUUUUUUUUUUUACUUUUAUUCACAUGGUACUACUCACAGGUCUUCAUCAUCAUCCUUUAACAUCUGUUUUCAGAUAAACAUGAUGAUGAAGACCUGUGGGUAGUAAUUAUUAAAUUUAAAUCCUGAAGUUGGAUUUCUACAUUUUCUGUUGCUUGCAGUAAAGUUUUCCUUGAAUGUUAAUAUUUAAGUCACUGUUGUCUGCAAGCUUACUGCUUAAAUAAAUGGAUGAUAGUUUUGACAAAUUAGUUAUAUCUGUAAAUACAUUUUGAUAAUCUUGCAUAAUUUCUAAUUUCUGCAUUUAUGCCUAUUUCAGCUAAUAUUAAGGAAAUCUAAGUCAAUGUAAUCAGUUUAGUCAGUGAUAAGUCCGUUAAAAAUAUAUUACAUACACUUGAGAAAUAUCAAAUGCAAUUUUCAAAACUUUAGUGAAUCUCUUAUCACUCUUAGUAGUAGAACAGCGUUUCUUGUCAUAAGAUAGCUCAACUCUUUUUGAUAUUAAUCCACCUGAGACUGCUUCUGGUUCUAUAAUGCAAAAUCUCUUAUUUUAAGCGUUCAUAUUUAUAUCAAAACCUCUCAUAAUAGAUUUAUGUAAGGAUUUUUUAAGUUCUUCAGAUACAAGAUUAAUAAAACCAAAAUUAUUUUAUUAAACUAUUUCAGACUCUCGAUUAUUUUCAAAAUAAAUUGAAACUCGAAAGUUAAUAUAUUUGAGUAUGAUUAGCAGUGAAUGCACUCUGAAGUCAGUUUAGUUCAAUAUAAAUGAGUCGGCUUUGUCUAAAAUUUGUUUGCGUGUAAAGAUCUACUCAUCAGGGUUUUUAAUACAAAAACCCAUCUUGUUCUUCAUAACAAAUCCAUCACUAGUUUUAGUUUAAUAUCACUAUUUAAUAGGAAACACUGGAAUAAAAAUAAUAAUAAUAGAAGUAAUCUUUCUCCAUGAAAGAUUUCCUUCUUUGUGACACUUUUUAAAUGCAAUUUGAUAAUGAGUUCAAGUUUGUGGAAUAUUAUAGUAGAAACAAUUUGGAAAUUUCUGAAUCUCAGAACUAUAUUCCAACUGAAAUGGAUUGACAUCACCAGGGUUACAAAACAAGUUACUGCCAUAUAAGGCAUGUAAGAUAUUAGCCAGUAUUAGGAUCGUUACCUCGUACUCAAUCAGACAUGAUAUAUUAAGGAACACCACUUAUACUAAAUUAUUAAAAUGAUGCUCAGUUAGCACAGUGAUAGAAAAUAGGAUAAAAAGAAGUUGUAAUUUACAUGGAAAACAUUUCAGAGUGCAUUAACAGUUAGUUAUGUCAUCUGUCUUCUCCAUUUAUACAUUUAGGUUUUCCAUAGAAAACCAAAUAUUUAUUUAAAGAAAUAAAAUUCCACACUCCUCAAUUUUAUUUCUGUCUGGUUCUGAUUGCUCUGAUUAAACGAAAUCUUCACUUCUAUGCAUGGUGUAAACCUCUCUCUCUCUCAUUCUCUCUAGAUGUACACAUGAAAGUGUGUGUGUGUGUGGAUGCAUGCAUCACUGAGUGGUUAUGAAGUUUGUUUCACAUUCAAGAGGUAUUGCAUCAUGGGUAAGUGUCUUUUAUUAUGUCUACCCAUUUUCGUUCACAAGCUUUGUAACUGAAAUUGGGUAGACAGAAGCUGUGCAGAAGCCUGUUGAAUGGACUGUACCUACUUCAAAGAUCCAGCCUUGUCAAACAAAGUCAUGCUGAUUCUGCCUGAGAACUUCUUGAAGAGUACAAGUGCCUAUGGUAUACCCAGCCACUUCUACUAAAUGUUGAUGAGUAAGCAUUUCAGUUGAUUAAACAGCUGGUAUACUCAUUACCAAACACAGAGAUUUUUUUUUUACUUGAAAAGAUGGGGGUGGUUUACACAAUAUGUUAAAACUGGAUGAGUGUAUGUAUCCUGAUAGCUAUGAGAUUAAAGUGCAUUUCUACAGUUAUGUAAAUAUUAACAUGUUAAAUGAUAUGAUUUACAUGAACAAAAUGCUGCUGUAGGCUUCCUCAGUCCUUCAAGCAUAGAACCAAUCACAGCCUGUCUAAUAGAAGUUUUUAUUAACCAGUCAUCAGGACAAAUUAUUACUGAUUAAUUAAAAAAUCUUUGCUCUCAAAGUGUUUCCUGUAUGCCAACAGUAGAAUAGUAUAAAAAAAUAGAAACAUCAUAAAAUCUUAUUGGAUUUUAUGACAGGUCAAGAAUUUGCAAAUUUUAAAAGGUCUUGAGGUGGGAAUGUCGAUCUUUUAUUGUCGGACAAGUUGGAUGUGUGUAACAUUAGAUGUCUGUCAAGUGAGAUUGGUAAAAUUGAUUUUGUAGUUUUGUUGACUGAAGCAAAAACUGUAAUGGAUCUGGUAUAAAGACAGUACCUUAACAGGGAGCAAGAUUUGAACUCUGUAAGCAAUAAGAGACUCAAACCAGUCAGUUGAUAAUCAAUGCAGUUCAGUCAUAUCUUGUACAUGUUAUGAAUUUGAUCUUCAAAUUAGGAAAAUUGUUGCUAAGAAACUUCUGAGAUGUUGAACUAGCAUAGCAUUUCACUGCUUCUGUCUGCUUUCUUGCUAUUAUCAAGGGUAGAUAGGAGAAUUGGUAUUGUGUUAAACACAGUGCCUUGUGGUGUUUUAUUCUGACUGCUUACAUUCUGAAUUCAAAUCCCACUGGAGGCAACAGUGCCUUUCUCUCUCCCAAAUUUGAGCCUAUGCUGAAAAUCUGUAUUAAUACUGAGGAUUAAGACAGCCAGCUGGCAGAAUUGUUAGCACGCUGGGAAUAGUGCUUAGUGGCAUUUUGUUCAUCUUCACAUUCUCAGUUUGCAUUCUGUUGAGGUUGAUUUUGCCUUCCAAUUUUUGGGGUUCUACAGAAUAAGUACCAGUUGAGCAUUGGGAUUGAUGUAAUCAACUUACUCUCACUCCAAAAUUGCUGGCCUUGUGUCAAAAUUUGAAGCUAGUAUUGAGGAUGGGGAAUAGCAGAAAUGGUAGAGCAUGGGAUAAAAUUUACUUAUAUGUAUUUAAAUUCUUAAUUAAAUCCAAUUUAUUUUUCAUCCUUUUUGGGGUCAGCUUUGUUGCUGCUGCCAAAAGUUCUUAUUGUUAAUCUUAUAAUAGUAUCAAUAUCACAGUGUGUCAAUCCAGUCUUGAAUGGUAUUACAGCAGUACCAUAUUUCUCAGUCUUGUCUUGAACACUGGUCAGGAUCAUCUCUUUAUAUAACUAAUAUCCUUGGAAAAGCAUGAAUAUUACAAUUUCUUGAAGCCCUCAGGUUUCUUGUCUGUGUGUGUAUGAAACAGUUAUUAUUACUAGAUGGUAGAUAUAAAGAUAUAUAAUAAAAAAAACUAAAAUUCAUGCUUAAUAGUAUUGUUUCAUGCCACAUUAUUUUCAGUUUGAAACCAGUGUGUUGACAAUAACAGAAAUUGUUGCAUCUACUCAAAAGAAAUUUAUUUGGUUUAGGAUUUUAAAUGUAGGUUAGUAAAUUCAGUUUGUUUUCAAGAAUAAAAAAUUUUUGUCUGGUUCUAUAAAUUAGAAUUAUUAGAAUAAAAGGGAUUACCUAAAUAUUUCUUUUCUCAAGUUGGCAAUAAUGCUUCAGAAGCAACAACCUACAAAAUUAAUUUUGUGUCUGUGUGUAUGAGUGUACAUGCACUUGCAUCUAUGUGAAUUGUAUAUCUGUGUAUGCUUACAUUAACAUCCAGAAACAGUUUUUAGAAGUUUCAACUAAUAUAAAUUUAGAUAUUUGGCAUUUAUCCCCAUCUCUCUAUUAUUCAAAUCUAUUAAACGUUAGUGUUUCUUUAAGCUUAUUUAUUUAAUACCCAUCUUUUGGGUUUCUUCCCCCAUCCCUUUCACAUCUACCUACUUUGUAUGUUGCAAUUUUGAAUAACUAUUCAUUCAGAAAUUUUAUAUAACCUUUCUGAAAUGAUUUACUUUUUAUUUUAAUCUUUUGUCCCUUUGCCAACAUUUCUUUCUUUCCACCACCCACCCCUCAUAUUUUUAAUAUUUUCACGUCAUAACUUCUACGUAAAAACCAUUUUCUCAAACUAAGCAAUAAUUUUAUUACUCUUUCUUAUACUAUUAUUUCUUUAAAUUAAUUCCUUUAUUUAAUCUAUCAUAGGCAAUGUUUUGUGCUAAUUCUGUUUCUAUCAGCAGGGUUUUUUUUUUUUUUUGAUAUUCUAAGAAACAAAUAAGUGUUUUGUUUUUUAAUUUCAUUUUGCUUUAUCUUUUAUUUUCUCUCUCUAAGUCAAUGUUUGAAGCUCACACAUCUUCACCUGGUUCUUAAAUGAAUUGAUUGAUUUAUAUCCUUUAUAUUUCAUUCAUCUCCCAUAUGAGUAAAAAGGUAGUUAAAUUCUAUUUUGUGCAACAAAAAGUAAAAAAAUAUUUGAUUAAUUACCAAUACCUUCAAACCUGAUUACCCAAAUCUGUGUUUGGUAAUAAGGCUUACUACUCAUUUAUAAAUCUCCUCUUAAUCUUUCUAUUUUUAUGCUAGGUCUAUAUCUACAUGUCUCAGUAGUCAUAAAAAAACUUUGUGACUGGUAACUUUAAAUUCAUUUUCUACAUGGUUAGUCCCUUUUUAUAUCAAAACCAAUCUAUUUGAUGAAAAUCAGAUUUCUAAUUCAAGGCCUCACCCAAUUUCUGUGUUGGUGUGAAAGGAUAGCAUGAUGCACUUUAGUUGUAAAAGUAGACGGUGUUUGGAAGCAGGGUGUUAAAUAUUUUAAAACAGUACAAACUGGAAUUGUUCCUUUAUUAAUAUUGCUACCUUUGCUUAGUAUUUUAUAAAAAAACAAGGAAAAAAAAAACUUUAAAAAAAAGAGAAGAAAAAUAUAUCUACAGAAAAAUUGCCUAUAAUAACUGCUGAUGUCCAACUUAACCAAAGAUUACAGGUAGAAUUUAUUGUUUUAUAGAUACUUUUUAUUGAAUCUAUUUCUGAAACUCUUAAACAUUCUUAGGAUGUAAAUGUUUAAAUUAAUCAUUUGAUGUGUGUAGGUAUAUUUUAGUCUUCUAUCAAAUACCUUGAUAAGCUCUUAUCUUUAAAGUUUCAUUAUAUUUUUUUCUUUUUCUCUUUGUAUAUUUUUUUUUCUCCUUGAAGAAAUAAUAAAAGUAUCAAAUAGAGGAACUACCUGCCACAUGAACAUUUUUGAAGAUUUGGUGCUCUUAAAACAUUGUCUAGCUGGUUGAAUGUUGACCUCUCCUAUUUAAACUUACUGGGAGAUGCCUUGCAGAGGACUAAUGCAUUGCCUACAAAGAGUGGGGGUGGGAGGUAGCCAAUAUCUUCAUCACUGUCAGUUUCCAGUCCACUUAAAAUUUCCCCUCUCCGGCCUUUUUAAAUUUGUUCCAUUCCCUAUUCUUACCCUUUAUCUCAGAAAGUUUAUUUUUAAAGAGAAAGGAGAAUAUUUGGAAAAUAUGAAAUGAAAUCAUUGGAUUGAUAGGGAAAUGGAUUUUUUCCUUUUUUUUCUUUUUUUUUUCUUUUUAAACAAAAUAACAUACAAAGAAUUACAUAAAAUAAACAAAAUUCCUGUGAUAAAAGUAAUGGUAUGACUUUAUAAUUAAUAUCUUCAUUGGCAUUUGGAGGUGUAUACAAAACGGCAAAAAUAAAUAUACCCUAAAAAUUGGAGAAAAUAGUCGACUGCUACUCAUUGAAUACAUUUUGUAUGCAGUUAAAACCAUUUUUUUUUUUUUUCAAAAAAAAUAUUCAAUAUUAUAUCAAUGUCUUAAAUAAUCUUUGUUACAUGGUU